UCAUGCUGAUUGUUUGGGACGUGUGGAAUGUAAUCGAUAACCGGGCGAAUUUGCCAUGGCGCCGGGUCAACGCCACAGACAAUUAUUUUACGUGAAAAAGGAUCACAAGAAGAGUAAUAAUGUUAAAAAAAAGACCAAACCCCAGGAACGCUCUUCUGAGAUGCCCCUCAUUUACCCUGGAGGUGACAUAGCCUUCAAGCUCCUUUUGACAGCUAGAUUCUGCUCGGCUAUUUGGAGCUACAUAAGUGACUGCGAUGAAACGUUCAACUACUGGGAGCCCAGCCACUAUUUAUUAUAUGGAAAAGGCCAACAGACGUGGGAGUACAGUCCAGAGUACGCCUUGCGCUCCUACACGUACCUUUUGAUCCACAUGGUGCCAGCAAUGAUUUAUCAUUACAUUUUGGAGCCAAAUCCGGUGCUCGUUUUUUAUUUUGUGAGAUGCUUGCUGUCAGUAGGAUGUGCGUUGUCUGAAGUUUACUUUUAUCAGAAUGUUUGCAAAGAAUUUGGCGUUCAUGUUGCCAGGCUCACUUACGCCUUUCUCAUCACUAGUUCCGGAAUGUUCAUCGCCAGUGCUGCCUAUUUACCAUCGUCUUUUUCAAUGUAUUUGAGCACUGUUGCGAUAGCCGCCUGGUACGGAAGAAAAUACGAAUUAGCAGUUUUUGCGACUGCAAUUUCGACACUUCUGGGCUGGCCUUUUGCAGCUCUUCUUGGAGUUCCAAUUGCACUGGACAUGUUAGCCAGAAAAGACUGGACAAGAUUCAUAAAAUGGACUGUCCUUUCCGGCAUCGUAGUCCUUGCACCCAUGAUCUGGCUCGACUCCAUGUGCUAUGGAAAACUAGUGAUUGCACCACUGAAUCUCAUCGCCUACAACGUCUUCACUAGUCAUGGACCUGAUCUCUAUGGGACUGAACCUUUCAGCUUUUACUUUAUCAACGGUUUUUUGAAUUUUAACUUUGUGUUCAUUGGGGCUUUAGUAGCCCCGCUAGCAUUGCUCUCAAUUUGGGCAGUUGUUCCAGCAAGGCCAAGGCAUCGUUAUUGUUUACCUUACUGGGUAUCAUUAGCUCCUCUCUACUUAUGGAUUACAGUGAUGUUUAUUCAACCGCACAAAGAGGAACGCUUUUUGUUCCCAAUUUAUCCAAUGAUCUGUUUGGGAGGAGCAAUAACAGUAGAUUGCAUCCAGAAGCUCUACUUCUUCGUUAGAACUAAAAUUAAACCCUUUGCGAAUGCUUCCCACUACCUCCAAGGAACUUCACACAUCACGGUCGGUGCAAUGGUUCUCUGUGGGCUCUUAGGACUCUCAAGGUCUUUCGCAUUAUUCAAAGGGUAUUACGGACCGAUGGAAAUAAUGACUGAAGCUAAUAAGCUUGGAAUCGAAGAGCAAGUCCCUAAUGAUAUACGUAUCAACUUUUGCGUGGGAAAAGAGUGGCAUCGAUUUCCAGGGAGCUUCUUCUUUCCAUCUAAUAGGUGGCAACUCCAGUACUUGAAGUCAGAGUUUAAGGGACAACUUCCCCAACCCUUUCCACCUCUCCCAAAUGGCACAAGUAUCAUUCAACCUCAUUUCAAUGAUAUGAAUAAAGAAGAGCCAUCUCGUUAUUUCGAUAUUGAGAAAUGUCAUUUUAUUAUGGAUCUGGAUGCUGGUACUGAGACAAUACUGGAGCCUAAUUACUCUAGGCAGACUGACGAUUUUGCAAUCGUGAAAUCAUCAGAAUUCCUAAUUCCCUCAAAAUCUCAUCCAUUCUUCAGAGCCUUCUACAUUCCCUUCCUUUCCCGUGAUUACUGCAAAUUUGGUUCCUACAAUCUUAUAAGAAGUGCCAAAUUCAAACUCCUUCCGCAAUCUUCGAAAGCCAAAACAGCCACAGCCGCAUAAACUGCAGCAGUAAACCAUCUACAUUAAUCAACGACUGAUCAAUAUUCAUUUUACUUAACACGAGUGUACAAUAAAAACGUCAAUAUUUUUCCAUAA